AUGGCCUCGAAAGUGCACCCGACGACUAUCCAUCUCGAAGCGAAAGAAAAGGCUAAUGCCUACGCGACCAACCCAGGGAUUGAAAUUGACGCAGCUACCAAUAGAAAGCUCUUCUGGAUAAUCAGUCGUCGAAUUCUCGUUAUUCAGGUGAUCACUUACUUUUUCCAAUCUCUGGAUAAGGGAAUCCUCAAUUAUGCCUCUAUUAUGGGGAUUAAGAAAGAUGCAAACCUUGUGGGGCAGCAAUAUUCAUGGCUAGGAACAAUAUUAUAUAUUGGUAUACUAGUCGGAGAAUAUCCUCAAAACAUCCUCCUACAAAAAUUUCCAGUGGCGAAGACUCUUGCCGUCAACGUCUUUAUAUGGGGGGCUGUUGUGACGUGCUCGGCCGCAUCAACUCGAUUUGCAUCGCUUAUGGCUGUCCGGUUUCUGCUAGGUUUUUUUGAAAGCUGCAUUCAACCGGCCAUGAUGUUACUGACUACAAUGUGGUACAAAAGAGAGGAGCAGUCUCUCUUGAAUUCAAUUUGGUAUUGCAUGACUGGAGUGCAAUUGAUGAUCGGAGGGCUUUUGGCCUUUGGUGUUUCCCAUUUCACCGAUGGGCCGAUCAAAAGCUGGCAGCUCCUUUUUUUAGUUCUAGGUGUCGUAACCUGCAUCUGGUCCAUCUGCAUUGGUGUGUUUCUACCUGAUAGUCCUAUGUCGGCCAAGUGCUUCAGUGAGGAGGACAAAGCCUUGAUGGUAGAACGCGUCCGCCACAACGAGACCGGUAUUGAGAACAAAAAUUAUAAGAAAUAUCAGGUUAUUGAAGCCAUCAAAGACCCAUUUGUGUGGUGCUGUGUCAUGCUCAUCACUGUCGCUAACUUGAUAAUCGGCGGUCUUGGGGUGUUUUCUAACCUCAUUAUUCAACAAUUCGGGUUUUCGCUGCUGCAGACGGAGCUCCUCAACAUUGCCCAAGGAGCAUGGACGAUUGCAGUUAUGGUAGGUUCCGCAUGGGCGUCCGAGAGAUUCCAACAGACAUGCGUUGUCAUGAUUCUGUGGUCCGUUCCAGGCCUUGUUGGCACAAUUGUCAUCCUCGUGGUCACACCGUCAGCUUCCAACGCAGGAGGAAUGCUCAUCGCCUUUUACUGCACCCAAUUCUUUCUUGCUGAGGGAAACAUGAUAAUCUCCCUGAUCACGCGUAAUAUUGCCGGACAAACUAAAAAGGGCUUCACCAUGACCCUGUUAUUCAUCGGCUGGGCUGUUGGCAACCUGAUUGCGCCGCAAAUCUUCCAAAACUCAGAUGCCCCCAGGUAUCUACAUGGUUUUUUGGCACAUAUCGUCAUAUACGCCGUUUAUUUGUGUUUAGUCAUUGUGACCAGAAUCAUUCUUGUGCGUAGGAAUCGGUCCAAGAACGAGCUGUCUAGUGAAAUAUGCCAUGAUUUGGCAUUUGAGGAUCUCACAGAUUAUGAAAACCCCAACUUUCGUUAUGUUUAUUGA